AUGGUUUGUCAGAACAUACAGUUAAAAAAUUUAAGAGAUGUUGCUUUGUUUUGUGUACACAGGAUCAAAAAGCAGAAGAAGAGUGACGCUCUCCGGAUCAUUAUGUUGGGGAAGACCGGCGCAGGGAAGAGCGCGACUGGAAACACCAUCCUGGACAGAGAGGCGUUCCAGUCUGAGCUGUCCUCUUCAUCCUGGACUUUUCAAUGCAAGAGAGCCGACGGAGAGGUCGGGGGUCGAAAGGUGGCGGUCAUCGACACCCCAGGGCUGUUUGACACUAAUUUCAACGAAGAAGAAGUGUUCAAGAGGAUCCAGCCGUGUAUGACGCUGGCUGCUCCCGGUCCGCACGCCUUCCUGGUGGUUCUCCAGCUGGGCCGGUUCACCAAAGAGGAGAGGGACACCAUCAAGAUGAUCCAGUCCUAUUUCGGGGAGGAUGCAGAGAGGUACUCUUUAGUGUUGUUCACACACGGAGACAAGCUAAAGAAGCAAACGAUUGAGACCUUCAUCUCAAAGAGUGAAGAGCUGAAGGGGCUCAUUGAGAUGUGCUACGGCAGAUAUCACGUCUUCAACAACCGACUCAGUGCCCGGGAACAGACCGUUCAGCUCAUGGACAAGAUCGACAGGAUGAUUCUGGAGAACGAGGGGGGGUACUACUCCGUCAAGAUGUUCAGAAAAGCAAAAAAGGCGUCAAAGAAAGCGAAAAAGAGAAUUUCAAAGGAGCAGCAGGACGUCGAGCAGGAGAAGAGGAACACGCUGAGGGCUGAAGUGGCUAGAGACAUGGGUUUGACAGAAGAGACAAAGAAACAAAUAUGUCUUCUGCAGUAG